AAAUUCUGAUAUAUCCUGUUAAAUCAUUUUAUGAUGACUAAAAUCACCAUUGUUGCUAUCUUCAUUGUUUUCUUCCUAGGGAUGGUGGCAAAAGAGACGCAAGGGCAACAUAUAUGUCAUCAGGUUCUACUAAAUGACCAUUGUGAUGGACCAACAUGCACAGAUCUGUGUGACAAGCAGCUGCAAGGAACUGGCCAGUGUUACAUGACUGUUGACAGACGACUUAUAUGCAUCUGUAAUUAUAUUUGCAGACCUUGAGACCUGUUUGUUCUUCUUGUCUACCCAUCAGGCAUCAACCUUUCAUCAAUCCGUAAUAAUAAAUAGUAAAAAUUUCUUGCAAUCUCAUGGAAAAACAUAAAUAUCCAUCUUAAAUGUGAAACUUUUACUUUGCCGUGUAGUUUAGCAGUUAGCACAAGA